ACUUGGAGUUAAGGCACUACCUUGUACAGAAGGAGAUCGAAGCACAAUUUUAAACAAGUUAGUUUUUCUACCGUCUUUGCAGCGUCUGCAGUAAAUACCUUUGCCCACCUGAUAAAGUUGUAGAAUAGUUCUGGUGCAUCUUAUAUCGUAUUAAUAUAUCGAGUAAGAUGGAUGUCGUACCACAGUUGACCGUUCUAGUACUUAUUGGAUUCCUCUUAACUCUCUUCUUCAACUUUCAAGCCGGUAUUGGCCCAAAUUCCGACUUAUCAUUAGGAAUUUUUCGAAACUCGAUCGGGAACCUGUCCAACUUGUACCCGACGCCCGUCACCCCAGCCGGUUACACCUUCGCAAUCUGGGGAUUGAUCUACUCCUGGUUUGGUGCUUGGGUGAUCUACGUCAUCACAACUCUCUUCAGGACGAACGAUAAGGGUCCUGUAUAUCUUAACCCUCCUACAACCAGUCCUGAGUUUCUCAUUGCAGUAUGGCUGAAUCUUACCCUAAAUGUUACCUGGUUAUUCGCAUUCGACAGGACCACCUUUAUCUUGAGUUUGGCGGCCCUGGCUGGCAUAACAACAACGCUCUACAUAGCGAUCUCCAUACAUAUUAGCAGGGUUUAUGAUUAUCUUUUUGUCUUCAAAGAAUAUGGAGUAUUCGAUCUGUGGGCCAACCGUGUUCUUAUACAGAAUGGACUUGCCUUAUACGCUACUUGGACUACGGUCGCAACUAAAGUACAGCUAUCUAUUGUUCUGCUCUACAGGCUUGGACUAGACGAGGAUACUACGACCUACAUUUGCUUUGCUGUCCUCGCUUCCCAACUCAUCACUUAUUUCUUCCUGGACUGUUUCGUUUAUGAUCGAUACUUUCGAUAUAUUCUUAUCGUCUACCCAGCGGCGAUGUGGUCAUUGGGAGGAAUCCUUGUCGCUAACGUUCGUGAUCCCACCAGUCCUCCAGCGGUUAUCGGAUCGACACUCUUUGCCCUCGUCUUCGUCUUCUUCGUCAUCAAAACCAUCUUGGUCAUCGUUCGCGACCCCGUAUACGUCAUUGCAAAACAGAGAAAGGCUGAUAAGGCCGCUUACACGCAACUGGUUUAGUGUUUAGUGAAAAAGAAAAAAAAAUUGUAAAGGAUAAUAAUUGUAUUGUUAAUACUCCAUCAUAUAGGAUAAUAAUAACAACAUAUUUUGGUUAAUGAUAUCUGCCAAUGAAGUUAUUUUGAUUUAGAUAUCAGAUUAUCUUGAACCAAUGAUAAUGUCUAGGUUUUUAUAAUCACUUUCCAUUUGAAUAUAUAGCAUUUUUAUGGUUUGUAAAUAUUAUUUUAGAUACCUUUCAGAUAGUGUUCAUUACUUACACUGUAAAAAAUAUUGGGUACAAUUUUAACCAAUACGAGGGUAAUUAUAUGUGUCCAACCAAUUUUGGGCAGUAUUUUACCCAAUUCGGGCAAGCAUAUUGUCCAUUAAGGUUAAGAAAUAAGCAGCAGUUACUUUAGAAUGGGCAAAAUUUUCAUCACACUGGAUAAAUAAAAAUUCCCCAAAGAAAUGCCCAAUGUUGGUUGGACACAUAAUUACCCUCAUGGAGCAUUUUACCCAAUAUUUUUAGAGUGUAUUUCAUUUAGCAAUGGUCUCUUACUAGUACUUUGGCAUAUCAAACAAAUUGUUACUAAUGAUUAUGUUUCUAAGAAUUCUUUUGACAUUUGUUUCUUUCUUUUUAAUAUAGAUAUAUUUUUCUUGGCAUGUUCAUUCAUUUUAUGAAGAGAUCUGUGAGGCAACCUGUUUUGUUAUUUCAUUUACGGCAAUAUAAAUUACUGAUGUAUUUUGCUCCAGGAAAUGAUAAUUUCUUAUUUUAUUUUUGAGAAUUUUGAAAAAAACUAAGUUUCAAGAAAAUAAAUCUGGACUUCUUUAUUUCAUAUCUGUUAUCACCGGUACUCACCCUUCUUAAAAUAGAAAUUAGUGUUUUUAAAAAACAAUGACAAAUUUGAUUAUACCGGGUUUUUUUUCUUUCAGAGUUAAAAUAAGAUUUACGCAUGAGUGGCAUCAUCUGAGUUGACAUUACAUUCGAGCAACUUGGAUUUCAAUUAUCAUAUUAGAUUUACAUGUAGGGCAUGAUUUCCUAGAGUGAUACGAGAAAACGACGAGAUCAAGUUGGGAAGUUGACUUAAAAAAGGUCAAUUUUGUAACAAGAGGACAAAUAGGCAAGAUGAAUAGGAGAGUGUGGCUUAAUAAAAACUACCAUCCGCAUGCAAAUGGUUAUAGGCUAUAAAAUCCCUUGAGAUAAAAAUAAAUUGGAGAAGAAAAUCAACAAUAUACAAUUCAUGUGAUAUCAAAUCAAAACUUAAAUAAUCAUUAACUUAAGUUUAUUUAAACAUAACCAUUCUCUCUCUUUUUAAAUAACAAGUUACUGUCCUUAAAAUGAUCAAAUUAUUCAGCAGAUGUCAGUACUACAUGGUUAAAAGUAACAAGUUGCUGUAAUAAAAAGAAAAAUCGCUUGUAUUGAUUACGUGACAUUGGAGUGGAAUUGAUUCUUCGUGAAGAAUAAAAAGUAUGAAAAUUAAAUUCCCAUUCAGGAA